UCCAUGGACGGAAAAAUGGCGCCUGUUUUGGUUUUGGACAAUGGAGCUUACACGGCAAAAGUGGGGUUUUCUACGGAAAAAGAGCCGAGAUUGAUCCCCAACUGUGUGAUGAAGUCUAAAGCCGAGAGGAGGAAGACGUUUGUUGGGAACCAAAUUGAUGAGUGUAAGGACCUGUCUGGGCUCUUCUACGUCUUACCUUUCCAGAAGGGUUACCUGGUGAACUGGGAUGUCCAGAGACAAGUGUGGGACCACAUCUUCAGUAAAGAUGUCCUGAAUGUAAACUUUGCGGACACUGUUGCCAUGGUAACAGAACCCUUCUUCAACUUCACCUCCAUCCAAGAGUCCAUGAAUGAAAUCUUCUUUGAAGAAUAUCAGUUUAAGGCACUACAGAGGGCAAACGGCUCCACCUGGAGUGCCCACAGGUACAGCAGUGCUCAGCAGAAGAAGCCGCUGUGUUGUGUAGUGGUGGACACUGGGUACUCCUUCACACACAUCACACCCUACUGUAGGGGCAAGAAGAUGAAGGAUGGCAUAAGAAGAUUGAAUGUUGGAGGAAAGAUGCUGACCAAUCACCUGAAGGAGAUCAUCUCGUACCGACAGCUGCACGUUCUGGACGAGACGUACGUGAUGAACCAGGUCAAGGAGGACGUUUGCUACGUCUCCUCACAGUUCUACAGGGACAUGGAGACUGCCAAACUCAGAGGGAAAGACAACACUGUCCUGAGAGACUAUGUUUUACCAGACUUUUCACAAAUCAAGAGAGGUUAUGUGAAGCCUUUAGAAGAGAUGAAUUAUGCUGGAAAAUACAAGGGAGGUGAGCAGAUCAUCAGAAUGGCCAACGAGAGGUUCGCUGUUCCAGAAGUGCUCUUCCACCCCUCUGACAUCGGCAUCCAGGAAAUGGGUAUCCCAGAAGCCAUUGUGCAUGCUGUGGAAGCCUGCCCGGAAGAAAUGCACCCCCAUAUGUACAUGAACAUCAUACUGACAGGAGGAAAUGCACUAUUGUCUGGGUUCAAGGAAAGAGUAUUCUCAGACCUGAGAGCACUGGUGCCACAGCAGCUGGAGGUCAAAGUUCACCAGCCCGACCAUCCAAUCACGUAUGCCUGGGAGGCGGGCGUCGCCCUUAGCAACACAGCUGGCUUUGACAAGAUGCUGGUUACUAGGCAACAGUACGAUGAAUAUGGACAGAACAUCUGUUCAGAGAAAUUUGAUGUUUGAUUAUAUGUUGUGUAUUUUGGGUGCUAAGGCAAAGCUUAUUACAAAACUGGGCCAUCUCCAGGACCUGCCCUUUGUCCCUGUACAAACAUUUAUUUGUUGGCACGAAAAACAGUUCACCCCAUCUGUCCCAAUAAUCUGAGCUUCAUAACAAGGAACUGUUGAAAAUUUAUUAAUAACGGAUGAAAAUCAACCAUGAAAAUCAACAAUGUAUUGGCUCCCAAACAAUUAGUGGGACAGAAAUAAAUGUAAAGCUGGUGACAGCCCUGUAUUUCGUUUUGUAAACUCCAAAAACAGCUGGCGCUUCUGGCCAAAAGAAACAGAACUGCUGUUUAAUGUACAUACAUAUUUACGCAAAGGUAACCCUACAAUACAUGUGUACCUUUUUUUAUACAGCUUUUCACAAAGCAUUUAAGAUGGCCUAUUUGUACCUCUAACAAUUCAGUAAAACAGCUUGGCAUAACUACCAUCAUGUUAUGAAACAUUCCUUAAUAUUGUUCUGUUAUGGAGAAAGAUUAUGCAUUUUUCAAUUUGGACCAAAUAGUAGCAAAUACAUUUCUUCUACAAACCUUUGUCUUGUUGUGUUAACUACACUCUGCAAACCUGAAUUAUGGUCCAGAUUAUGCCAUACAGGGCUAUUUAAGUCGUAUUUGAGUCCUAUUUCCUAUUAAUCAGCACUUAAAGACAAGAAUCACAGACAAACAUUUUAUCUUGUAUACUUCCACUUUAUUUUCACCCUACCACCACUUGAUGGUUGUAUCAUAAUCUCAACCUUACAUAAUUACAAUGUGAUAUCUUAGACUAUAUCAUCUAUAUGCACAUGUGGUACAUUGAAUGUUUAGCUUCUAACAUACACCAAAAACACCUUUGAAACCUAUAACUAUUGUAUACAGAUGACAUGCUUUUUUUAAGUAUUUCAGUUAUAUCUGACACAAGAUAAACACUUUUUCAACCUUACGUUUGGGCUUUUAAAAGAAAAUCUUAAAGGUUCACAAUGAGCACCAUAUGGAACACAAAACAAGUGAAACUUCACAUAAAACGUAUUUACAAGCAUAAACAUUGACAAUGUUUCUUAGCCUUACAACGCACAUACUGGCAAUGUCUUUCUUAGUAUACCAGCAUACACCAACGACUUUCAAACACCCAAGCUGCAACAGUAUGAAAAAUAUGCUUUACUAAAUCAAAAGUUUGUUUUUUUUCAAUGCAAAAUACAAUACUUAACUUUUCUCACUAUUUGCAACAAAGUCAUGAUGGAUUCAUAAUCCACCAAGUCAUUUAUGUAAAAUACAAACUCAGUAAAAAAAAUGCUGGUCCACUUCAAUAACAGUUGCGAAUACAGUACGUUAGUGACAGAAGUUGCUAAUCAGUUAAAGCUAUUAAAAAGUCGAAUAACUUAAAUCUUAAACUUGUACAAAAGAAUUAUGCUAUUAAGUCUCUAGGCAACAUCAUUUCAUUGUACAUGUAGUUGUACCUGCUAUCAGACAAAUCCUUAUUUCACUCAAGUGGAAAUGAGUAACUGGCUACAGUUAAGAUGUCCCUCGUAUAGGACGCCAAAUGGACGUCCAGUGAUUGAGGAUCACUUUAAAGUACCCACCACGCUUAUCGAAAAGAGUAGGGGUCCUUCCCGCUGUGAGUGGUUCAUAUCCUUAGGCCACACCAAUUUAAUUUCUUGGUUCUCGGAUUUUUUCAGAAAUGUCGAAAAAAAUAAAAAUUUGCAAAAAGUCUGAGAUAAACAUAUGAGGCUUAUAUAACACA